AAAAUAUCACCAGCGUCACCGUAACACAGAACAUUCCCAACCCGAUAGAAUACAAUGACACUGUGACACUGACAUGUGAUGUUAAAGGCACUGUUGAGUCACGGUUGUGGUUUAAGGAUGAGAGAGCUCUCCACAGCAAUGACAGGAUCACAAUCUCCCAGGAUAAUGCCACCCUGACCAUCAUCAGUGUGACUAGAAAUGAUGGUGGAACGUAUCGGUGUGAGGCAAAGAACAGCUUUAGCUCUCAGUCCGGCAGCCACACACUGAGCAUUGCGUAUGGACCAGACACCCCUGAGCUUACAAUCACUGGGACACACUCAGCAGAACUUGGAGACUCUCUAACAUUGUCUUGUUCUGCUCAGUCAAACCCAGAAGCUCAGUAUAAAUGGAUAUUUAAUGGCACUGUUCUGCCACAUACAAGUUCAAAUUUCACCAUUCAUCAAAUAAGGCAGAAUGAUUUUGGGACUUACACUUGUCAGGCUCGUAACAACAUUACCUUAAGAGUCAAUGAGAAAGAUGUAACUUUAAAGGAAAAAAUCACCAGCGUCACCGUAACAAGCAACACUCCCAACCCGAUAAAAUACACUGACAAUGUGACACUGACAUGUGAUGUUAAAGGCACUGUUAUGUCACGGUUGUGGUUUAAGGAUGAGAGAGCUCUCCACAGCAAUGACAGGAUCACAAUCUCCCAGAAUAAUGCCACCCUGACCAUCAUCAAUGUGACUAGAAAUGAUGGUGGAACGUAUCGGUGUGAGGCAAAGAAUAGCUUUAGCUCUGUGUCCGGCAGCUACACACUGAGCUUUGCGUCCAAAGGCAGUCCUCCUAACAGUUUAAGCGGUGGAGCGAUAGCAGGAAUAGUGAUUGCCUGUAUUGUUGGCGUUGCUCUGAUUACUGCACUUGUCGUAUGGGUCGUCAAAGUAAAAGGAAGGGCGAAAAGUGGAUCACAUCAUCAAAAUGGUGUCACAAUGGCUGCAACAGGAAACACACCGCAUCAAUCUAACAGUGGAGCCAAUACAGCCACAGCGAGAAUAGGACCACAAUCUUCAGAGUACAGCAACCUGACAGUUACUGCUCCCAACGUGUAUGAGAACAUCAACAAUGUGCAAAGAGCAAAGAACAAAGAACUCGCUGAGGCCUCUGAUCCCAAUGCCACCUACACGACUUUACAGCCACAUGAUCAGUCCCUGUACAGUGACCUGAGAGGCAAAAUGGUUGGAUAACUGUCUGAACAGACGGGGACUGGAGCCGUGAAGUGCUGAUGUGCGGCUUAUUCAACCCCAACACGGCCGGGAUCAGCAAACCAUCUCCUCCCCCUCCCGUUCCCAGCACCUUCUCUUUGUGCAGUUGCUGGACUGGAGUCUGGCGGUUUGUAUCACCCACAGUUUGUUUCUCUGUGUUCAAGAACUCUGGAGCGUAAUUCUCAUGUGGUGCUCACAUGGUCCCACUCAGUGAUAUCAUCCACAGGUGUGGGGUAAACUCUAUCUC